GUGUGUGUGCACGCUCAUAAAGCUCGAACCCGGAGGGGGGCGGGGAUGGAUGUGGAGAGAGGAGCCGUGCGUCCUCGUGGAGCCGCGCAGUGAGGCGGCGCAGUCUGUGCGUCCUGGUGGAGAAGCGGACUCUCCAGUGCGCGUGCGAGUCGCGACGCAGAAGUGCGACAGUCCGCGCAACAGCGAUGACGUCUCUCCACACCUCAGCACCUCCACCGGACUCUUCUCCACCUCCUCCUUCCCUCGGUACCUCUGUGUAAACCCUCCGGCUCUGUACCCACCUCCCGUCCAAAUCCAGUCUACGUGUCGAACAUGGACUCGUCCGAGGGGGGGACCCCGGGGCAGGACGGACACCUCGACCUCAGGAGCAGCCCCGGUCGCUCCGACCUCAGCGGACUGUACCACCUGGGUCGGACGCUGGGCAGAGGCCACUUUGCGGUGGUCAAACUGGCUCGUCACUUCAACACUGGCCAACUGGUGGCCGUCAAGAUGAUCGACAAGACCAAACUCGACGUUAUGGCGUCAAGCCACCUCUUACAGGAAGUGAGGUGCAUGAGGCUGGUGCAGCAUCCCAACGUGGUUCGACUCUACGAGGUCAUCGACACGCCCACCACCCUGUACCUGAUCAUGGAGCUGGCUGAGGGCGGCGACCUCUACGACUACAUCCUCCGCCACGAGGCCGGCGUGGCCGAGGGCACGGCCAAGCGCCACUUCGCCCAGAUAGUGCGCGCUGUGGCGUACUGCCACCAGCUGCACGUGGUGCACCGGGACCUGAAGCCCGAGAACGUGGUGUUCUUUCCGCAGCAGGGCGCCGUGAAGCUGACGGACUUUGGAUUCAGCAACUUGUUCCAACCGGGGACGAUGCUGGCGACGAGCUGCGGGUCGCUGGCGUACUCGGCUCCGGAGAUCCUGCUGGGGGAAGAGUACGAUGCUCCGGCUGUAGAUAUCUGGUCUCUGGGGGUGAUCCUGUACAUGCUGGUGUGUGGAGUUCCUCCCUUUCAGGAAACCAACGACAGCGAGACUCUGGUCAUGAUCCUGGACUGUCGCUACUCCAUCCCCGAGCGAGUGUCAGGCGACUGCAGAGACCUGAUCUCCAGGAUGCUGCAGAAGGAUCCGUGUGGUCGAGCCUCGCUUGAGGAGAUCCAGGCCCACGAUUGGCUGCGGGGUCUGGAGAACGCGCUGCUCAGCCCCGAGGCCCCGCCCCACUGGCUCUCGGGGGCCCUGUCCCUCAGCUCCCCCCGCUCAGGAGUCCCCGAGUGCGGGGACCUGCUGGCUGCGAGGCCCCCACCUCAGCCGGCUUUCCCCGGGCCCUGGCAGCCGAGCCUCACCCUCACCCUCCGUCCACCUCCCCCCGAGGAGCCUCCGGUUCCCAAGAACCUGCCUGCACUGCAGCAGAUCUGUGAGGAAGAGGAGGAGGAAGAGGAGGAGGAAGAGGAGGAGGAAGAGGAGGAAGAAGGAGAACGUUUGCCGUCUCUGUUAGUGGCCGACCCAGAGACAGAAGCUGGGCAGAUGCUUGAAGAUCACGUCAUGGGAGAGGAAGAGUCAGGAAGCUCAGCGGAGACAAUAGAGGAGGAAGAGGAGGAGGAAGCAGACGUGAAGAUGGAAAUAGAGAUUAGAGACAGUGGCUGUGUGAUUUCAGACCAACCCGUGAGUCACGGAGACAAGUCGGUCGGUGAAACUCCUGAAGUCCCAUCAUGGUCCCUGCCGGGGUUGGUCCCGUGUUGUCAGGGGCAACCAGACUCCACUGCAGAGGAGGAGGAGGAGGAGGAGGAGGUGGAGGAGGAGGAGGCGGAGCCUAACAACAACACCAACAAACCGCCUCCCUCCAUCCCUGCGUCCUCCGCCAGCCUCGACUGCAAAGAGGCAGCGAGAGAGGGAGAGGACAAAACCGAGGACGGGGCUCGAGACGACCUGAUGACGGACAGAUCGCAGCCCCACAAUGCACUGGGGGAGGCGGCGCCGCGGGUGGAGCAGGGGAAGCGACACAGCCUGAAGCUGCGUGAGCGACUCUUCCAGUUCCCUCUGUGUGAGAAGGCUCUGGCCCUCAACAUGCCGGCACACAACAAGCCCAAGAUCCUGCCGCUGGCUCAGUACAACUGCUGCCACGUGCUGUGAGUGUGACCCAGCCGGGGCGCGACCUGGGACGUGCCGCUCGACCACCGUGGACACGCCGGCUGUUUGGCAUGCGGUGGGCGGAGCUCGAACCCUGUGACGUGGCAGCUCCCUGCUGAGAGCCGGGGCCGUGGGCAGCCUCACACUAACACUCGCUCUGCAGCCUCACGCUCACGUGUUCAGACCUAUAUCGUUUCAGACAUGGACUGAUGGAGGUCUGGACGUUUUCCAGAGUUUGUCUUUCACAUGUGCAGAAGGAGGAUUGAAGAGGGGGCGGGGCCUGUGCAGAGCAGCAGGAGGCAGGACGUGGCGUUUGAAAUCUGCUGCGGAAAUCACAGUGAUUUAGAAUUUCUGCAUCGGCCCUUCUCCUCCAAAAGCUCUCGAGCCUCUUCGUCUUUUCAAGUUGACGUCUUCGUCAGCGUCCUCUCCUCGUGACGCCUCCUUCGUCCUCAGGGAGACGCACGCUCCACUCGUCCCACAGCGAACACUCCACAAGUCUUUGGGUUUGAAACUCAACCUCACGACCGUCUUAAUGUCCCUCGCUAGUAAACAGCAGUAAGUGCUGGUUUGAAACCAGUUAUCUGUUCCCUUUAGUUGAAGCCUGAAACUCAAACAUCAGACGUCUCAUCACGUCCUCCACUCUUUAGAGAACGGUUUGUUUCUGGGAUGAAAGCUGUGACACAGUCGGUUCCUAAAUGUGGAUCAAGACACCGCUCUAGAUUUUUGUGUUUUUCCAGUUUGGCGUCCAUUGUGUGAUUAUAAACGUCAUCAACUCCCCCCCCCCGGCUUUCCUGCUUUUCGUCCCUGCUGUAGUCUUCACAUUGGCUCACACACUUGGGGGGGGGGGGGGGCAGUGCUGGUAGGAGAAGUUCCAGAAAAUAUCCGGAGCGACUGACCCGGACGUGUGUGUUCUCACGUGCAGCCGCUCCGGAUGAUUUGUGGUGAAUGUCGGUGCGUGUCUGAAACCAGCUUCAGUAGAACCUGAUCCAGGAGCAGCCACAGAGCGGCCGAGACGCCUGCAGCUGUUUGAACUGAAGACGCCAUCGUCUGUCCUUUGUUCUCAAGGUGCCUACACUGAUCAUUUUGGAUCCGACUGCAGGAAGCCGUGGAAAGGUCGGAAUGUUCUCGCACGUGCACUUAGUAGAACCAUGGUUUCAUAUUUUAUAACGUAUUAGAAUAAACGUUGAGACGUUUCCUCUUCCCUUUGCACAACCUGCGUCUCGUGUUGCUUCAAAAGCUUUUAAUAUAAACUUCACACAGACUGAGACUGUUAGAUAUAUAAAUAUAUGAGAUAUGAUGCACAGACUGUGAAUAAAGAUGGACGACAGAAGUGAAGCCAAAUCAUCUCGUUCGCCCCCUGGUGGCCAGCUGCAAUAUAGGUCAAAGACACCUCCAUGUUAGCUGAUGGAACGUGAAGAAAUACAUUUUUCUCAAAGAUUGAUUCUGUCACUUUAGGUAUUUUUCUAUCACACAGAUGUUUCAGAUAAGUUUGAUCUUUAUUAGUUAUCUGAUGAUGUAACAACAGGGUGAAACGUCAUGAUUGACAGCUGAGACUGACUCGUGAUUGGACGAGUGUGUGUACGGGUGCUUUUUUUUUAUUCCUCUCUUAAUUCACGAGUGUUUUUUUUCACUUUGAGAGAAGGACUUACUGAUUUCACUUUCAGAUUUUGUAAUUCGUUCACGUUAUUGGUAUUUUCUGAUAUUUUGGCUUCACUUUCAUACAAACAGGAAGUGGAGAUGUCGUCUAUCUUUAAUACACAAUCUAUAAUAUGAUAUAUGAUGUUAUAUAUGCUGAAGCCUGAGAUGAUAUAAUUAUUCUCUUAUUGAUAUAUUGACUCGUCCUAGCGUAUGUAUGAUGCUGUUUAUUGGACCAUUGAUACGGAUGCAGGUCUUCCACCUUAUUUGAACCUGUACUUUCUAACGACACUGAACUUAGAUGAUAACAGUUUUAUUUUGGAAGAAGUUCCUCAGUUUUUCUUUUUUUUUUUAUAAAUGUGACAGAGAUGUUAAUUAACCGAAGAGAUAAUGUGACUUUGUGCAUGUUGUUACUGUUAUUUAUCACAAAAUACCUCCGUGUGUCUUGGGUCUGUCGGGACCUGGUCCUGGUGUAACUGUACCUCCAGGUGCUCGAGGCACAGACAGUGUUGUGUAGCUGAGGAGUCCGUGUGUGGUGUUAUUCUACCGCUGUGUGUUUCCGUCUCCUCGACCCCGGACGUGAGGCUUGCACAGCAGCAGGAGGCCAAAGCUGUACAGGAAGCAAAGUCUCUCUAACACCUGAACUGAGAUGAUUCCCGUCGGUCACUGCAGCUUUGUGGGUUCAUCAAAUUGGAUUUUUUGACUUGUGACCCGUGAUGGGUCGGGCGCUGUCUCUAUAAAUGGCGGACGAUACGUGAAAUCUGAUUAUUUAUUCGCAUUUCAUCGUCUGUGGAAGCAUCAAACGUGUGCAGACGAGAGAUGAAAUCUCAUUACUGCUGUGUGACUGCAGCCGGCCUCUGCUCCGCCUGUCUGCUGACCCGAAUAACAACCAGGACCACGUCUCCACUGGAGCCAGGGACCUAUUUUCUGUAUUUAUUUAUUAAAAUGGAUUAAAUAAAUAGAAAACA